UUACUAUACGAUUGGUAAAGCGAAGCUAAAUAGAGGGACUGGCCAUGCCGGAGGGGGCGACGACGAUGGAUUACGUGAUGGAGGCAGCAUCUGGCGCUCACUUCUCCGGUCUGCGAUUGGAUGGUCUUCUCUCUUCUCCUUCUUCUCCUCGUUCUACUUCUUCCUCUGCAACUCUGGCUGAGAAUAACUUUCCGAAACAGCCCUUCGUCAUCGGAGUUUCGGGAGGUACGGCGUCGGGUAAGACGACGGUAUGUGACAGGAUCAUUCAACAGCUUCAUGAUCAUAGGGUCGUACUUGUCAAUCAGGAUUCCUUCUACCGUGGUUUGACUCCUGAAGAAUCAGCACGUGUUCAUGAGUACAAUUUUGAUCAUCCCGAUGCUUUCGACACUGAACAGCUUCUUGAGUGUAUUUGCAAGCUCAAAGCCGGACAGUCUGUCCAAGUUCCAAUAUAUGAUUUUAAGACCCAUCGACGCUGUUCUGAUAGUUUUCGUCAGGUAAAUGCAUCUGAUGUCAUUAUUCUGGAGGGUAUUUUGGUUUUUCAUGACCCAUGUGUGCGCAACUUGAUGAAUAUGAAGAUUUUUGUUGACACAGAUGCUGAUGUGAGGCUUGCUCGUAGAAUAAGGCGUGACACAGUUGAUAGGGGUAGAGAUGUAAACUCUGUCCUUGAACAGUAUGCGAAGUUUGUUAAACCUGCUUUUGAUGAUUUUGUUCUGCCAUCAAAGAAAUAUGCUGAUGUGAUCAUUCCCCGGGGAGGUGAUAAUCACGUUGCAAUUGAUUUGAUUGUGCAACAUAUCCGCACAAAGCUUGGUCAGCAUGACCUCUGUAAAAUAUAUCCCAAUGUGUAUGUCAUUCAAUCAACUUUCCAGAUAAGGGGGAUGCAUACAUUGAUCAGAGACAGGGAAAUAACAAAGCACGACUUCGUCUUUUAUUCAGAUCGUCUUAUUCGUCUGGUUGUUGAGCAUGGCCUUGGUCAUUUACCUUUCACUGAGAAGCAAGUAAUCACUCCUACAGGGUCAGUCUAUACAGGGGUUGACUUUUGCAAGAAAUUGUGUGGAGUAUCCAUUAUUCGAAGUGGUGAAAGCAUGGAGAAUGCAUUACGCGCAUGCUGCAAAGGAAUAAAAAUUGGAAAAAUACUGAUCCAUCGUGAUGGGGACAACGGAAAGCAGCUUAUAUAUGAGAAGCUUCCAAAAGACAUUUCUGAACGGCAUGUCCUGCUUCUGGAUCCAGUUCUUGGCACAGGUAACUCUGCUAGCCAAGCAAUUGAACUUCUCAUACAGAAAGGCGUCCAGGAGUCCCAUAUAAUUUUCCUCAAUCUCAUUUCUGCUCCCGAAGGGAUCCACUGUGUUUGCCAACGGUUCCCUUCUUUGAAGAUUGUUACCUCAGAAAUUGAUGUUGCAUUGAAUGAAGAGUUUAGAGUCAUACCUGGAAUGGGGGAAUUUGGCGAUCGCUACUUUGGCACGGAUGAUUGAUUGUUGGAGUGAACUAGUCUGCCCAUUCUGAGUUUUAGUUAAUUCAAAAUACUACUCUGGAAGAGCAGAGAGUUGAUACUGGAGAGAAUUCUGAAGAGUUUGUCAAGAAUGUUAAUACAACGUUUGAAGUACUUACAGUUUAUUUAGAUACAAAUUAAAAUGACUAUUCAAAGGCUUUGAAACAGAGGCAUUUACAUUGUAUGGCCAAACUACUGGUUAAAGCAUCUUUUUUUUACAUGUUACUAAUUAAAGUAUCUGCAACGCUA